AUGAAGCUCCAGAAGUUUGAGUUUGAGAGGAAAAGAGGUAAAUUUGAUCUUCUUGAUCCAGGUAAUGUUGUCUAUGACUCCUCGUAUGAUGCUCACAGCAUGGAUAUAUAUGAUUUGUGCUGUGAGAGUUUGAAGGAUUUAAGGUUGGCGCAUAUUGAAACUUGGCCAGAAGUAGGACUUCGUCUUGUCCUAGGGAAGUGUAAAGCAUUGGAGAAGCUUUGCCUUGAGUAUGCUCGUGCCCUAAAUGACAAUGACAUUGCUGCAUUAGCUCGGAGCUGCAGCAACCUUAAAAGCAUCUCACUUUGGCUCAACCUGCAGCGCUACUCGAGUGAUGUCAACUAUUGUGAGACCAGGACGUCCUUUACUGAUAACAGCCUCUACGCUCUAGCCCUCAACUGUCGUAUGCUUCAGAUGGUAGACCUCAGCUUUAUAGGAUGUGAUGCUGACUCGCCAUCAGAAAUAGGAUUCACACAAGAGGGUUUUCUGGCGCUCAUUAAGUCCUGCCCGAUUCGUGCUCUCGUGCUCAACAACGCCAACUUCUUUGAUGACAAGGGGAUGAAGGCCCUCUCGUCCUCGCCACGUCUGGAGACACUCGAGCUUAUAUUGUGUCAUGCGGUAACUGAUGCUGGGAUGCGCUUCAUUGCGCACACCCCAUGCUUGAGUAAUCUCACACUUCAGAUGUGUCAUAACGUUACUGAUGCCGGAGUGACUGAACUGGGACGUGCACAUAAGUUAGAGUCUUUGGUCAUUGAGUAUUGUGGUGAGGUCUCUCUGGAAGCUGCACAGGGUGUUGACAAGUCGGUUCACUACUCCAAGGACUGUUCAGAUGCCCUUAUGAAGACAAUUGGUCUUGGUGCCUAUUGA